AAACAUAUACUUUCCGUUCGAAAACAACACAAUAUAACGCAUCUGUACAACUGCGGUGCAAACUCAACCAACAUAUCGAAACUCGACGUUGAAGCGAAAGAGAUGAGUGAAAAAAGUACUCGAAUGGUUUUUGCAAAUCCUUAAAAAACUCUCGCACAACCAUAUUCAACACUUACUCAAGUGUACAUAAAACAACUGUAUCUUUCGAAAGGACCAUGCUAUCAAUACCGGAGUCUGAAUCAGUCAGAACGAACAUAAUCUCCACACACAGUUGAAGAAACUUGACACUACGCGAAGAUCCUAUGCAAUGUACACACUCGCUUCUCACCCUUUUUGGCUGUUUACGUGGCCCCCGAUUUUACUGACAUAGCCAAGUAUCACCAAUCCGCUUCAUUUCCUCCGUUAUUUAGAAAGCGUGCAAGAUAUAUUUUCGGUGCAGGAAUGUGGUUUUCAUGAAUGCCUGAUGCCUGUCUUUCUCCUGGCGUUGAGGGUUUAGCGCUCACGGUAGCUGACAGAGAGUACUCAUGGAGGGCGGUGAGCUGGAGGCCGCUUGUAAUGAUUGUGGUGGCGAGGAUCGGACUUGUUUCUGUGGGAUGAUAUUUCCAGGCGUGGCACAGAGUUUGCAGCAUUGGCGUUUCUAGUGGCCCUGUAAUUCAAGACGAGGAGGAUAUUGGAAUUUCGCGAGUAGAAGCCCGAAUGGCUUGGAUUCUUGUGCGCAAUUGCUGACAGAUUCUGCGGCGUUUGAGGUCGGACGAGAGAAUUUUGAGAGUCAGAAAUCUCGUCAAUUAGGGCUGAGUGAAAUCCAGUAGCUACGAAGUUCUGUGAUGUCGCAUUUAACGGUGUGCUGUCGACCGCUGCAGCGUGGGAGAGCGCGGUGCAAGCAAUGGAUUCCACAGCCCUUUUGCCAACUCAGAAAGAAGCUUGAUCUCUCGGUUCUGGGAUGACGGCGAUUCACCGAUGCUGAUGCUCCUACCAACAGCAGCAGCAAAUAAAUUGGAAAGAAGGAGGGGAAUUGCGUGCAAUGGACUCCACCGUGUUGACGGUGAAGGCCAAAUACAUGGGCCCUUCGAAGAAAGGUCCGGCAAUGCCUGGCAUUCUGACGAUGAGUGAGACGAGAUUCAAGUGGGUUCCCGCUGAUGCGUCUGUGUCCGGUCCGCUGGAUGUCGAAUUUAGUGUUAUCAAAGCCCACUUUUUUAGCAAGGGGAAGAAAGCUUUGUUGAACCUGUCGAAAGGUGCAGAUGCUAAGGCUGAAGGAUUCGUGUUUGAGUACGAUGAUUUCAAAGACCGAGAUGCGUGUCGUGAUCAUGUGGCUAAAAUUCUGGGAAAGCAAAAUUCUGCUGGAGGAGGAGUGCCAGCAGCAGCAACAGCAGGACAAGCUGCCAAACCCAAUGUACCAAUGACUCCCGGAGCUCAAUCUGAUCAAUUUGAUCUAGCAGAGAUGGAACGGCGCCUGAAGCUCUUGCAAACUGAUAGUGAGUUGCAAAAGUUGCAUUCCCAGUUAGUUAUGGGUCAGGUGCUGUCUGAAGCGGAGUUCUGGUCUGCUCGGAAGCACAUGCUGGAUGAGGAUCCUACACGAGGCCCGAAACAAAAGACAGGUCUCAAGACUGCCAUGCUUGCCGAUGUGCGACCUCUCACAGAUGGUCGAACGAACAAGGUUACCUUCAAUCUUACUCCCGAGAUCAUUCAUCAGAUUUUCACCGAGAAGCCAGCUGUUCACAGGGCGUUUCUUCUGAAUGUGCCCACGAAGAUGAGUGAUGUUGAUUUCUGGACAAAGUACUGUCGGGCAGAGUACCUUUAUCGGACCAAAAAUCAAGCAGCUGCAGCGGCUGAAGCUGCAGAUGACGAGGAUCUUGCAGUGUUCACAGCAGAGGAUGACAUCAUUCAGAGUGAAGCUAGAAGGAAGAUAAGGAAGGUGGAUCCGUCGCUUGACAUGGCAGCAGAUGUGGGUGACGAUUACACUCACUUACCCGGGCAUGGAAUUUACAGAGAUGGAACCAAGGAGGAUGUGGAGUAUAACACAGGUGCCAAAGUCAGGAGCAUCAUGAACGACAUAAAUCGACACGCCGCGGUGGUCCUUGAGGGCCGGCCAUUAGAUGGGCUGUCCGGGGCCGAGGACACUGCCACAGUCGCUCAUGCCCUGGCCCUAGCACAACAAGCCCAGGCUGUGUCGGAAAAAGCAGAAGAUGCGGAGCAGAAAAGACUGGAGAGGCUAAGAAGUAUGACUGUGAACGAAGAUUUAAUGGGGCCACAGGAGGCUCCUCAUGUGCCCCUGUGCAUUCAGGAUCCCCGAAAGUACUUCGAUUCACAAGCAGCUGGAGUUGCGGGAGAUGCUGGUCCUGCAGCACCGACUUCUUCUGAUCCUGCAGAGGCAUUGGACUUUUUCCAUGAACAAAUGGCCGCUUGGAAAAAGAACGGUUUACAGGAUUCGUCCUUCAUGGCUCCUGCUGUAGCCCUGAAAGUCAUGACGGACUUGACGAGGGAGAUUUCGGGGACGAAGUUCACACUAGGAAGAACUGCUGAGAAGAAUGUUCUUGACAGCCUUCCAAAGCCUGUGAAGGAUGACUUGCUGCAGCAAUCGGCUGUUGUCCACGAGCUUUUGCGACACUUCUGGGUCUGUUACCCUUUGACUUCCAAAAUUUUGCUGGAAAAGGCGAAUAGGCUGAAGGAGGCCAUGUCACAAAUUUACACUCGCCUACAAAACACGAAAGAGUCAGCAUCUGCAGAGCUGCGCCAUCAAAUAUCUCAGCUUGUGCAGCCCAUGUUUCAGGCCUUGGAUGCUGCCUUCACUCACUACGAAGAAGAUACUCAAAGAAGGGCAACUAAGACUGCACAAAAGCAGGCCCCUGGCCAAGUUAAUGGUUCGAACGUGCCAAAGCUAGUGGCGGUAUGAGUGAGAUGUAUUAUCAAUCACUAUUCUUUCGGAUUUGUUCUUAAACAAUUUUGACCAUCAAUCACCAACUCGCAUUUGCCAAC